CGAACAACGAAGAAAAGGAAGGUGUCUUCCUCCGCACUUGCAGACGACGAAGCAUCAGCCACGCGAGUCUACGCACUGUGGAAGCAAGAUAAUCACUAUUACUCGGGGACAGUGCAUUCGCUGUUGUCUGGUUCCCCCGCGCGGUACAUGAUCCACUUCGAUGAUGGUACCGAGGACGGCGUGAGAUUACGAAGAUGCGUUUGUGCAAGCUCUUGGAGGGAGACCAGGUUUUGGUGCACCCAAAUCAGAAGGCCGUCGUUGUUGAUACGUCGCGCUUUGAUUCAGACCGUAUAGUCGCAGUCGAGAUCGAUAACGGGGAAGAACUCGACCGGCUUGAGGUCGAGAUUCAAGACAUCAAGGUCGCGUCUCGGACACUCAAUAGCGCCUGGACAGAUAGGAUGCUUACUGUCGAGGACGUCCGUCCUGUCGUAAGGCCUCAUGCGCUGAAGAGCUCCCCUUCGCCCUCAAAGAUGACGCUCGGAAGUACUGCAUCAGCCAAGAGCGUGCGGCGGCUACUCGGAAAGACGGGUUUCGUGGUGACCAUGAGUCCCAGAGUCGGCCAUUGGGCAAAAGAGAAGGACAGGAUAAUGCAGGCCAUCAAGGCGGUGGGCGGGAUUGUCAUCGACAACUGGACAGAUAUAUUCUCCAUGGACGGCACUUAUAGUCAAGGCAACAAACGUUGGGUCGCCGCGUAUAAGGACAUCAGUUGUAUUGUCCGCAACGACAUCCAGCGAGUUUUCCUUCUGUCUGACGAUGCAAAUGCGAAGCCCAAGUACUUGAUCGCUCUGGCUCUGGGUAUACCAUGCUUGGACACCAACUGGGUUGUGAAGAGCGUGGGCGACGGGAAAGAGAAGGACUGGCAGCAGUAUCUGCUGCCGGCGGGCUUCUGCGAAUCCCUCGACGCUCGCGUCUCGCAGCUUGUUGACCUCGAUUGGGGCAAUUCAGAUGAACAUUUACGCGAUAUCACCGGGAACCAAGUUGCGUCGAAACUGUUCGCCAACAAGCGCAUACUGUGCGUCGCCCCUGACUACGUUCCCAUCGCGAAGGCCAAAAAAAACUACUCCGACGCUGAGAAGGCCAAGGAAGCAGCCCGCAUGGUACCUCGCAUCAUCCUGACGAUGGGAGCCUCCAGUGUCGAGGCUGUGCCAGAUGUCAAGUACGCAUCCUCAAAAGACCUAACCGAGUAUGACUACAUUGUCGUGAAAGACCGCGGGGAUAUCGGUCAUGUUGCCUCUGGUUCGAACUGCGUCCACUUCGGAUGGGUCAAAGACUGCUUGAUGGCCGGACGGCUGCUGCCGCAACCUGUGGACUAAUCUUGCAGUUUUGCUUGCUACCAUCCCUCCUCUCGUAUCACCGUCUUGCAUGCUCUUGGAAUGCUUCAGCUAUCGUCUACUCUAAUCUGCAUCGCUAUCUUGACUGUAUCUCAUUGUAGUACGUGAUUCCCCGACUGACUAUGUACCGUGUAUAUACCUUGUCGCUUGCAUACCUUAUUGAAUGGCCUGGACUUGUAGACGAUCAUGUACCAUACAUUCAAUGAAAUACCGUAGCA